CAGGGGAAAGAGUGCUUUUGCAGGGAAGACCUGCUACAAGGCCACCCUGGGUGUGUUCCUGGGUUGUCUAGCUCUGGACAUGACAGGACAGACAAGUGGAGUUGGUCGCCUCAGGGCUCGAGCUUGCUUGCUGCUGGCGGUGUGGCUGUGGGCACAGCAAGCCCUGGCUGCACCAUGUCAGGAUGGGGAACUGAGGAUAAUUGGUAGAGGUGAAAAGAAAUGCUGCCCCAAAUGCAUCGUCAGCACAGGAGACAAAUGUCAAAAUGCUAUGGACAGUGUCUGCCAAUGUCGUCAGGGCUACAGCUGUUCUGAUACCUCGUGCAGCUACUGUGAGAAGCUGCCUGAAUGUGCAGAGGGCCAGGAGCUGGUUAAGCAUGGCAGUAUAGACUUCACAUUUGAGUGCAAACCAUGUGAGACAGGAACAUAUUCCAAUGUUAAGAACGGCUGGUGCCGUAACUGGACUGACUGUGAAAGUUUUGGCUUUGUGACAAUCAAGCAGGGCAACAGGACACAUAAUGCAGAGUGUGGUUUCCAUUCCAAAGAUCAGGAAGAAGCUCCUAUUAGAAGUGACUCUCUGUACACCACCAUCCUGGCCAUCCUUACUGCAGUUGGUGUGUUUAUUCUCAUCUUGCUGACUUUCUUCUUGCAUGUCUGCAUGUGGUCACUGAAGAAAGAGAAAUUCCAUGCAGCUGACAAGGAUCUGGAACAUAACUUCCCUAGGCUGCCAGGAGCUCCACAACUCUCCCACCUCAGAGCAGAGAUUGACAGCUGCCAGUUUCCUGAGGAAGAACACGGAGAUGAAGCACCAGAAGAAAAGCCUUUCUACAUCUACCCUCAGAGUCUCCCAUGAAAACAGAUAAAUUGCAGUUUGCUGUGAGCAGGGGAAGCUGAGCUCAGCUUGUCAAAAGAGACAAAGAAGGGAGGGACUGGGUGCCUGAAGCAUCAUUAUAUAGAUAGCAAUAAUGAGUGGGGCUGGGGGGAGUUUUGCUUUAAUUCUUCUCUACACUCCUAGCCAUUGCAGACAUUCAGUUUAAUGCUCUCUUCUCACCUAGUUUGUAGAGUAGGGAAAAGCAGGGGAAGACAGAGAAUUGCCAGCAUUGGUUCCUGAUGCUUUUUUCCCCUCACCUCAGGAAAACAAAAGAGAAUCAGAGCAUCUGCUGGUGUAUCCCAGUGUACCCCCAGUGACUGGAAGGUGAUCCCCUUACUGAAAAUUGUACCACAGAGGGGAUUUUUAAAUGUUAAUUAGUGCUCCUUCUGUUUCAUCGUGCUCUAACGAGGCUAAAGGAAUGGUUUUUUGCCUGACUUUCAAGGGGCAGAGCUCCAGCUGAAGUUGGCUGCCUCCUGUGAAGUGACACUGGUUUCAAGUAAGAACGUAGCCUGUGGCUUCAACCUAGUUCAAACUUGCCUGGUUGGUUUUUUUUUUAUAUAGAAUUAUUUGUUUGUGUUGUGCGAAUGCAAGAGUGGAUUCAAAGCUCUGGAUACCAGCUCUGGUUUGGCCUUAUGGUGAAAGCUGCUUGGAGCAGACUUUCAUGACUGAAUCAGCUUGGGCAGCAAGGAGUUACCUUCACAUGGAAGGGUAUAAAUAUCUCCCAGUACAGCCAUUACAUCAGCUUCCUCCUCACUUCUUACAGAUCACCUCAGCCAUACAGGCCUUCUACGUUAAAUCCUAACAGAAUAAUGAAAUUUCUGUUAAUCAGCUUACUAAGUGCUGGGGGGGGAUUAUUCCAAGUCUGAAUGACAUGCUGGUGUAAGUAGGGCUCUGUGGGAUUCCCAUGGCUGCAGGGCAGAAGUUACUGCCUUCACAGAUGUGUGUUGCAAAAGCACUGGAACAGGGAAUCCUGAGAAGUGGGGCAGGUUAUUAUUACCUUGGUGAUCACAGAGCCUCUCUGCUCCAAGGCAGGCUUGGGAAGACUGGACAAUGAUCCACAGACUUUCACUGAGGUGACUCCAUGACCUCUCUAGGCAAUCCAGUCCAGUGGCUCAUUUCCAGUCAGAGAAGGGAGAUUUUUUUUAGUUCAAAUUAAUAUUAUCCGUUAUGAUUAUGAGGAAGAAUUGAUUCUUCAGCAUCUUUUUAAGCAUUCAUGAACUACAUCUCUCUUUGUUUUCUCUAGGCUCUUAUGCUACUUCACAGGUUGUGGUUUCUUAGACCUUUUAGUCUCUCUGAGCUCUUUCCAGUUGCUCUUCCUUGAAGCCUCCUCUGAAGGAGCUCUUGGCAAGCUUGAAUAGAGCUGAAGGAUUAAUUUCAUGAUUCAUGGACAUGCUUUUAUUGCUGAGCAUUACUUCAGUGUUUAUGUCAAGAGGAGUUAUCCUGUCUUUUUAAUUUUUUUUUUACUCUUUUUUUGUGCCUUACAGAGAGUCUCGUAAGUGGGUGAAAUGAUUGUAUGGAAAAAUGGAGUGCAGAGGGUUGCCCUUUUCUCCUAGAUUGCAUUCCUGUCACUGCUUUCAUCUUCUAAGUGCUCCUAGUGUGUUUAUUGCAACUAACAUCCCUCUGCCUUGGCUUCCUCUUCAUGCAGAAUAGGAGCAGUGAUGCUUCUCAGCCCUAGGAGGAUGUUGUGAGGCAUAAUUAGUACUUUCAGUGUAUUUUUGCCUGCUUUGAUCCUCUUACCAUUCAUUCUUGUGCUGGGGAUAAGUUUUCCCAUAGGUAUCUCUAAGUGAAAUUCCGUUGGAAAGAGGGAGUUUCCCUCCAGUGCUUUGGGAAAUGUGCAGGUUCUUAAUGGAGGUAAACUGGAGAUUCAGCCAAGGAAAGGUGAAGGCACUGGAUUGGGAUUAAACAGGAUAACUUUAGUGAAGUGUGGAGCUGUCUCUGCCUGGUAAGCAGCUUCACUGCAGGAUUGCAUAUUCUCAGGAGACCCAACACUUGGUAGUAAAGUCACUUCUUAUUGCUCCUUCUGUGUUGGCUGUGUUUAUUCUUGCCUCUGUAUUGACCCUCCUUGUUCUGAUUGUGACCUUUUGUAAAGAUAAAAUAAACUUGAAAAUGGAA